AUGAAAAGCACGCGCACAAAACGUCAUAAUCCAUCCCAAGUUUCUGAUACAGUUUUUCAUCAAGCAGAACAACCAAGAAUUUUAGGUGGACUCCAAACAAAUACAUCUUGUAAUUUAAUAGGCUGGGGUGGUGCGAGAGUAAUUCCACCUUCUAAGUCUGUUAACAUUUAUGGACAGGAAUAUUGUAAAUCAGGAAAUCCUCAAGUCUUUUGCUCAGCAUCAUCAAACUCAUCAGUGUGUGAAGCGAAUUUAGCUUCUCCAGUUAUUUGUGGAUCAGAUGAUACUGUAAAUGGAUUUCUAAUAAGUGAAUCAGGCUGCGAAUCAAAGGAUGACAACAGAUUGUAUUAUCACUCAGUCAGUGACCAUGCCGAUUGGAUAAACAAAGUUUUAUCGUCAGAUUUCCCCAAGGAUUACCCAAACUCUGGAACAAAGUUUGAGCCAACAUUUUGUGAAGUGUUUCCGUAA